ACAUGUACGCUGCAUAAUAUAGCGUGUGCAGUACCCGUCUGUGACAUCGCCUAGCCGAUGUACACUAGUACAACACCACUCUGCUUCACACGUCGUCAUCAUCAAAAUAUUCAUAUUUUGUUGGACUUUGCCCGGAGUCUGAUUAACCCACAUCUACUGCGAUUGGAUAACUUUGAACCCAAGCCAGCUCAUGACCGCGUCACCACUCCGAAACCAGAUCGUUUUUUCUUAAUCCUUUGGUUUGAUCAAAUUCGCUCAUGGUGGGUCGACCAUUUUGAAGGAUUUAUUGAAGGUUUUGGUGUGGGAGGACGAAAACCGUUUUUCAUUUCCGCGACUCGCAGAAAUUUACCGACACACCCAGUAGCUGAGUGCAAAUAAGGAUCGUAUUUUGUGGCACAAUGUAAGCAGAUUUGGGGAUUGGAGACUGGGAGAAUGCAUUUGGUAGUCAUUGAUGGACUGGAAUCAAUGUAUGCUGAAAAGAGUAACUCCCUCACUAUGUAAUGUGAGAACUGCCUAGCAAACUGCUCAUUUAUUGGACAACAAAGAGAAAAUUGCCAGAAAAUUUGGCAUUUGGAGAAAUUGAAGGCGACACCAGUGUCUCAAUAUGAGUAACGCUUUGAAAUUAACCAGAGCCUUGGCGCUCAACGAUGCCGGAGGAACGCAACUCUUUACCUUUCUCCUUUCCAUGAAUGAUUUGGAAAGUUUCUUUGACAAACCGACCAAAUCGUCACCCAUUUACUACGAGGGCCACGAAUGGUACUUGACAUGCGGUGGCUACCAGUCGAAGGAAACGGAUGACAUUUACUUGGGCAUGUACCUGUACUGGGACAACAAGGCGGCGGGGGAAGGUGUUAGCUGCCGAGCAGACUACCGCCUUAUUGUCCGUAACGUCAGAGAUGCUUCUGAAAGUGUGGUCUCCGAAGGUUCCCAGGUGGAAUUCAGUGCACCGGAUACCUUAGGUUGGGGCAAGCGAGAGCUAGCGCCGCUUCAUGAAGUACUUGCUCCGGGGAAUGGUUUCCUGGUGGAUCCAGGAAGGACGGUUAUCGUCGAGUUGGCGGUGCGAUACUGUCGAACGAUCUACCAACAAUUGGUAGACUUCUCCCAGCUCCCGGAGCACAUGAAUCAACCCUAUUCCUCUUACUUCACGCCAAACUUCUCCCUGUGUGGGUUCGACUUUUACAUGUCGUUCUAUCCUCUUGGUGAUCGCAAGGAAGCAGAGCGUCACGUCUCCAUGUACCUUCACCGGUUCAACAACCCACAGAUCCCCGAGUGUCUGUGCUGCAGGAUUCGCUAUCGCUUCUUUCUGGGCGACCUGGUCUCACCGACCGGAGACUCCAAGACUUUUGAGUUCUCCUUCAAGACCGAUCGCGGAUACGGUCGAUUCAAAGCGUUUGAGCCCCUUGCCAACACAGAAAUGUUCCGGAAGGGUCUGGUACCACUUGGGGUGGAAAUUCUCUCCAUCAUCCCCUUUGCGUUCGUGGAGGUUCCCCUGGCAACCAGAGGAUACUACCACACCGACAACUUUGUCUUCGAUGAUGUCAUCUUCCCAGACCACCGCAUGAAUAUCUGGAAACUUGCCGCCAACAAUUCCUCCAAGUACUUGUCGUUUCGGCUCGACGUUGAAGACAGGAACAAGAUUUUCCCUGUCAAUCGUCAAGGAACCGGAAGAGAGCCUCUCUGCACCAAAUUUCUCCAGUGGAAGGCCUACCUACUUUCCCGCACAGACAGGAACUACAACGUGUCCGUCUCGGAGGUAACCAUGUCUGCUUACUUCUCUCCAGCGUUUCCUGAGAAGCUGUUCAGUAUGUCAACCAAAGUACCCAUUCAACGGGCUAAGGCGUUGGAUGGUGAUUACUGUACUAAUGAGGAACCAUCGCUCCUACUUCGCAUUGAGUUCUUCAAUACUCAAGACAUUCCAGGAGUCAUGCAGGAUUAUCCAGUCUUGGAGUUUGAACGAUUCAGACUCUACCAGACCAGAGAGGGGUUGCGACGCUGCCUUGACGUCAACGGUUCAUUGAGGAAUCAACUGACUGAGCUACGUCAGAGACUGAACGAAGUCAUGAACAUCAGUGAAAGCAGCGGCGGCAGUAGCAGCAAACAGCAGUUGAUGCGUGAAUUCAGGAGCCUGCUGCAGGCAAGUGACGAAACUGAUUCAUCCAGCCAAGCUGCCUAUAAGUCCAUGGUUUCCACCCCAGCAUCAGACAACUUUGCCACCGCCUUCACCUUCUCCGGCACCUCAUCCCUCGAGACGCCCGCUGCUGGAAGGAUGUCUCCUUACGUGACGUCAGGAACCAGUAGAGAGCCCCAUAACAAGAUCUCGCAGCUCUUCAGUGCGCGUCCCGGUACCGUCUUGCCCGAUUUUGGAAGCGCGCCUCCAACCACGUCAGCGGUUGCCAUGCCAUCACCAACAAAGAGCAAAGUAGCAAGUCUAGGAGCAGCCAUGAGAAACUCCAAAGGUGGCCCGGCAUCGUUUCUGCGAGGAACCCAGGCCAGAGAAAGUACAGCAUCGUCAUCCUCUGUCAGAUUCUCAAAAGGUCCAGUUGACUACAAACCGAUGUUGGGCUCGUCGGCGUCUCAGUCCAUACUCAAAGACGGGCAGUCCAAAUACUCCGGUGGAGCCAUCCCUUCUCAGAAAUCGACUUCUUCGUUGGAUAGGAAGCAUGCUGGUAACAAGCAUUAUGGUGCCUCUGCUGGCAAUGCACCUGCCACUCACCCAACAGGAAGUACCAAGACAACACCUGAGCAAACAAUUUAUGCUUCUCUCUCCGUGCCAUCAAAUACUGUUCCUACUGUCAGCUCUCCCGCAUCAAAUACCUUCGCUGUCGUCUCCAAACAAGCCCCAAGGUAUGACCCUGAACCAGCACAAGAGUACGACACAACAGCCGAAGCAAGGAAACCGAAAUUCAAUCCAAACAUCUUCAAGUCGGUUCUCCCUAAGUGGGGCUCUUCUGGUUCAAGGGAGAAUCUUUCGUCAGGAAAGGCCAGCACUCUUCCAAGAAGUUCACAGCCCGGGGAGCGAGGCACAGACUUCUUUGGCAACAGAAGCGUACAGAGACCAGGACCUGGGAUCUUCAACCAGCCUGCUUCAAGAAGCACUUCCAAUCUCACAGCCAGCCACAAUCCUGCCCCGGCGGUCCAGAAAGUUGUUCCCACCCAAUCUCCGAGCUCAACCCUGACAAGAUCUGGAGGUAUCUCAGGCCUCAACAAUCCCGGAAACUACUCAAAUCCUCCAACGACAAUAUCAACAGCAAUCGUGAUGCCUGUCCAAGAUGUAGCUUACACUGAGCCAGACCGGAUCAGGAAACCACCCGUGCCAGCUCCAAGACGUGGUUUACUGAAGAAGCCAUCAGAUGAUGCCAAGAUGGAGAGUGAUUACCCAGAUGACUUCAAAGCCUUUGACAUUCCAACCAAGGACCCAUCUCAAUACUCAGAGAUGUCCAAACCAGAGUAUCCCCUGUCCUCGAGCCAGACUCCCUCUGAAGAGAAGGCUGCUUUCUCCCGGGCUUCAGUCGCAUCCAUAGAUGAUCCCAUGUUACAGACCGAGGUCUACUCUCUCUUUGCCCAAGCUGCCAGGGAUGGCAUCAAGCUGGUUGUGGAAGCUCCUGAGUUGGAUGACCCUCUUGCCUCAGCUGCACCAGAGCCUACUUCCAAGCCGAAGGAAAGACACGAACCAGCAUCAAAGCCUGCCAGUACAGCUGUCCCUGCAGUCAUCGUCACAGAUUCUGCUAGUGCACAAUCUGAUGUACCAAGACGCUCUGUUGGUCCUCCACCGCUCUCCCCAUCCAUCUUAAAGAAAGGAGACUCCUUCUCAAGUGUCCAGGUCCCCAGUGUGAAGAAAUCACGGAGUGCCAAUAAUGUCAGAUUCAGUGAAGACAACAUCAGCCUGACCAGUCAGUCUUCAUCAGUUGAGAUGCCAGGACAAGCUCAGCCAGUCAACAGUCAAGCAGGGAGGUACAAACCAACAGGCUCAUUUGAUCAAUAUGAUGGUCAUAAUGGUCAAUAUUCAGGCGUUGGUCAGUCUUCACAGCAAACUAGUCAACAGUACCAACAACAAAAGUAUUCAGGGUUUCAGGACUAUGAACAGAAGUUGCAAGAACAGCAAUACCGUACCCAACUACAAAAACAGCAGCUUCAGCUGCAACGACAGCAGCAGCAACAGCAGCAACAGCAACAGCAGCAGCAGCAGCAGCAGCAACAACAACAGCAGCGGCAGCAGCAACAACAGCAGCAGCAGCGGCAACUUGAGUUACAGCAGCAGCAGCAGCAGCAGCAGAGGCAGCAAUAUCGGCUGCAGCAGCUACGCCGCGAGCACCAGGACUAUGUGAAUCAACUACUGCAGCAGCAGCAGCAGCAAUCUUCAGUCACUCAGCAGCAGCAGCACCUGCUGCAGCACCGCUCUGGACCAAGACCAGACGCGAGCCUGCCCAGGACAAAAUCAGGAAGUUCAGGGGUAAUGCAGACAUCGAUGUAAAAUAAAGCCUGAUGCUAGUUGCUCAUGCUAGUUCCUUGUAGUUUUCUUUAAGUUUGAUUGACUGUCUCGUGUUUAACAUUCCUGAACUUUUGUACACUGUACAGUGAGUAGAUGUAUCGGCAGAAAAUGGCGUCUACUAAAAUAUCAGCUUGAACGUCAUAACCCAGUGUUUUAUCUGUACAGUACUAUUAAGGAAAGUUGUUAUGUACUCAUAAGUUAAAAUUUCUGGAUACAGUACAUUGUAGGUUCUAAAUAUACAGCAACAUGUAUUCAUAUCUAUAAUGCCAUUCCAACAUGUUAUUGAUAGCACUGUCUUGUGUAAUAGAG